AUGGGAAAGUCUUUCAAGGAUGAGUUCACUUUCGAGCAAAGACUGGAAGAAUCACAAGAUAUCAUCGCUAAGUACCCCCUUCGAGUUCCCGUUGUCGUUGAAAGAUAUUGCAAAACUGACCUUCCUGAGAUGGACAAGAAGAAAUAUCUGGUUCCUCGAGACAUGUCUGUUGGACAAUUCAUUCACAUUUUAAGCAGCAGGCUUCAUUUGACACCUGGGAAAGCCCUCUUUGUGUUCGUCAAGGAUACCUUACCUCAAACAGCUGCUCUAAUGGAGUCUGUUUAUGAAUCCCUGAAGGACGAGGAUGGAUUUCUAUAUAUGUGUUAUAGCAGUGAAAAAACCUUUGGUCAUACCGUUCCAAUUUGUUAA